AUGGCGAUGUUUAUAAGAAAUUCACCGGCUUUGAGAUCGGCAGCAAAUAGUGUCCGGAUCGGAGUUUUCUCUAUGGCUUACUCAAAGCUCUCGGAAGGCACAGACAUAACCUCGGCGGCGCCCGGCGUUUCCCUCCAGAAAGCUCGGACUUGGGACGAGGGCCUUUCCUCCAAUUUCUCCACCACACCAGUCACAGAUAUCUUCAAGGGGAAGAAAGUUGUCAUCUUUGGUCUCCCUGGGGCUUACACGGGAGUUUGUUCGCAUCAGCAUGUGCCUAGCUACAAGAACCAGAUUGACAAAUUCAAGGCUAAAGGCAUUGAUUCCGUCAUCUGUGUCUCUGUUAAUGAUCCCUUUACUAUAAAUGGCUGGGCAGAGAAGAUCGGUGCCAAAGAUGCUAUUGAGUUUUAUGGAGAUUUUGAUGGGAAAUUCAUUAAAAGCUUAGGGCUAGACAAGGAUCUCUCUGCUGCAUUGCUCGGCCCUCGGUCUGAGAGAUGGUCGGCUUAUGUAGAAGAUGGUAAGGUGAAGGCGGUGAACGUGGAAGAAGCACCGUCUGACUUCAAGGUGACUGGUGCAGAAGUCAUUCUAGGACAGAUCUAA